CCAAUAUAAUUUUUCAGAGCCACAUUCAGAUGAGUUCGUUAGACGAGUUCGUGAAUUCACCGGCAUGGCUAGUCAAGGUGUCGGGGGCGCAGCGCGGGCGCGAGCGGCAUGCGGCCCCGACGGCAGACGCCCAUGGAGGUCGGCUAGCGGCGCGCGCGCAGCCCCCGCGCCCGCUACCCCUGCCCCGCCCCGCCGAAGCCAUGGAACUCGCUGACGUGCCUCGACACCGACCCCUCGCCUUCGAUAAGAUGGAAAGCUUGAUAAAAGAAAUGCAAGACCCAGACUCAGGCGUUCCAGUAAGAAGUCAAAAACUGUUUCUCACUCUAAUUCCGUCUGCCUUUAUGGGUUAUGAUCUUGUCGAAUGGCUGAUGGAUCGGUUUAAUUUUGAAGAACCUACAAAUGUUGAAGCAAUAAACUUAGCCAAUCAACUGUGUCAAUAUGGGUACUUCUUUCCUGUCAACGAUUUGAAAAACCUUGUAUUGAAGGACGAUUCUUCUCUUUAUAGAUUUCAAAGUCCGUAUUACUGGCCAUGGCAAGCGCCACGCGUGGCGGGCAGCUCGAGCGCUCCAACAUUGGGCCCAGACAAUGUGGAGUACGCUAUUUACCUGGUGAAGCGGACGUUACGUAACAAGCAGAGACAUGGCCUCGAAGAGUACGAACAAGAAGCCCUCGCCAACCUCAAGAAGAAUCUUGCUGCGAAAUGGGACUUUAUUACUAUGCAGGCGGAGGAACAGGUUCGUCUAGCAAAGGAGAGGAAGAAAGGUGACAAGAUAGUGAGUGACAGCCAGGAGCGCGCAUACUGGCGCGUGGCGCGGCCGCCGCCGGGCGUGGCCAGCGCGCUGGAGCCCUGUCCCGUGCCCGUGCGCGCGCGGCACCAUCGCGUUAAGAAGCGCUCCGUGCAUCAAGUCACUCGUGAAAUUGAGCAUCUAAAAGCGAGUCUGGACCGUACGAGAGUGAAGACUUCAAUUGCCCUUGAGGCCCUCUUGGCCUACUCGGAGACCUUCACUCCCUACGAUCCCUGGCUCACCCCGCCGCAGCCCUCCAACCCUUGGGUCAGCGACGACACCCUAUUCUGGCAAAUUAACAGCCCUCUUGUGGAGGUGCCGAGUGAGAAGCGGGUCCAGCGCUGGGCGUUGUCUAUCGACGAACUGGUGUCGGACCCGACGGGGCUGCAGGAGUUUACCAGUUUCUUGCGCAAGGAGUACUCGCACGAGAACAUCAGGUUCUGGCUGGCAGUCAUGGAUCUGCGACGCAGCAGUACCAAGCAGAUACCGAAGAAACUUGAAGAAAUCUAUGAAGAGUUUCUGAAGCCGGGCGCGCCGUGCGAGAUCAACAUAGACGGCGCCACGGCGGAGCGCGUGACGGAGGGGCUGCGCAGCGGGUCCCGGUACGCGCUGGACCACGCGGCCGAGCACGUCUACGGCCUGCUGCUGAAGAAGGACUGCUACCCGCGCUUCGUCAGAUCCGACCACUUCCAGCGCCUGCUCACUGAGGGCAGGAACGUGCACCAGAAGAAGGCUAAGUUAGUUGGACUUGUUACAGACGAGGUUCAAAAGUUUUUCAACUUUGGUGGGCAAGUAAAGAAGAAGCCCGGGUCGACGAGCGGCGGCGGCGCGGCGCUGUCCCGGCGGCGCGGCUCGGACCGCUCGCUGUCGGGCUCGGCGCACGAGCUGGCCGUGUGCGCGGCGCAGGCCCCGCGCCCGCCCGACCAGCCCAGCCACAGCCACUCGCAGUCCAACCUCUGCGAUAUCACCACUUUCAGAGAUCCUCUCGAUGACGAUACGGCAGACGUACUGCCGUGGGAGUGUUCUUCGCGGGAGGUGGUGUACGGCAGUGCCAGUAGGCGGCGACAAGACUCUGCUGCAGAUUCGGGCAGCUCGUCGUCGGACGUGAGCGCCGCCGUGGCCGUGAGCGAGCGCACGCGGCGCCUGCCGCAGCAGAGCACGCUGGACGGCGGGCUGCGCGGCGCGCCGCCGCCGCUGCGCCGCCUGUCGGCCGUGGAGCCGCGCCACCUGGCGCCGCUGGCGUCGCCGCCGCACUCGCCGCCCCCGCGCCCGCCGCCCGCGCCCGCGCCCCUCGCGCACGCGCCCCCGCACCCCACGCCCACCAUCAGUGUCAGCUCUGCGCCCGACGACGACGAGGCUGGUUCCCCUCCUGGCACCGCUUCGCCCGAUGAGCCGCGAUCUAUCGCGCACUCGGACGAACCUUCGUCGGUAUUCGCAUCGGCAGACGCGACUCCCACGGAACCGAUGCGACCCGUGUUCAAGGUCGGUGAAGAGCGAUCGGCGCCCGUCACCGAAGGGCCUACGGCUUCCACGGAUCCAGGUUGUGAUAGCUCAAAGGAAGAGGCGCCACACGAAACCGUGAGAAUUCGGUCUGUGUUGGAGUCAGUGGUGUGCGCGCCCUCGAUAGAAUCCUAUGACGACUCGUCCGCUUCGGGUGCCGUGUCAGACUCCAGGGAUUCCGACCGAACGCGAUCGUCCGAAGACGACGUAGUGUCGGUGCAACGUGUGCUGUCCCGCGAAUCGUCAACGAUAAAAGAAACCAGUCCGGCCUCAAGUAAAGAUACAAGUAGCAAAAUCGGCGAUCUUCCAGAGAAUACGUCCCAGAGUGACGAUACUAUGACGAGCUCUGUUCAAGUGGCGGAGUCGACAAGCGAAGUGACAAGUGUGUCGCCAAAUGCGUCGACUAGUGUACCGUCGACCGCGCUGGUGCUUGUACCGUCGAGCGCGCCGGCGGUGGCGCCGAGCGUGGCGGGGCCCGCGGCGCCCAGUGUGGCACAGUCGGAGCUGGACAAGACGGCUGAGUGUGUAGCGCCGGAGCCUUGCAGCUCAGCGACGGUGGAGUCGACGAGUACGGCGCCCGUGGGUUCGGUGCCUGUAGGCUCGGUGCCUGUAGGCUCGGUGUCUGCAGGCUCGGUGUCUGCAGGCGCAGUGGCUACAGGCUCGGUGCCGCGCCCGCCCGUAGCGCCGCUCGCAGUCUGCGAGGAUAUCGGGGUCGACGACGACAACGUAGACAAAGUGCCUUCGGCGCCACUGCAAAGGGUCUCGGAAGAUUCCAAGGCGGCGUCCGACGUGGACGCGACGAAAACUAUUGCUCAUAAAGACGAACUGACGUCGGUCUCUGAUACCAAUAUUGUUAAGCGUGAUAAUAAAAGCGGCAUCGGUGAGCGUAAGCAGCGGAACGACAUAUGUCCAUGGGAGGACGAAAAUUCCUGCGAAAGUGAUGCUCCAUUUGUUAAAACUUACGCAACGCUCGGUUACUUAUAAUUUUUGUAGGCGAAUAUCAACAAUAUUUUACGAUGUCAGGGUUAUAGUAUGAUAUGAUAUUUAAUUUUUUAACUUAGACCCUAUGUUUUUAAUUAUCACAGAAGGAGUUAGACAUUAUUAUGUAAUUAUAUGAAUAUUUUAAAGUAAAUGAUCGUUAAUUAUUAGUAAAACAAAUGGGUUUUAUUUAAUAUCGCAACAUAAUUGGUGCAUAGUAUUUGUUAGGGAGGUCAUAAAGGUUUUAUAGAGAGUAAGUAGGUUUCUGCUUAGACAGUAUGACACAGUCGCUGCGAGCACAAUAUUGCCGGUCCACCGUGCCGCGGCCUACAAGCCAGCAUCACGUUCAACUCUGGGCAGCUUACCCCCUUCCCCCGGACAACGACAGAAUAACGCAAACAAUAUCACUCGCCUCUAUCCAAUUCGCGUUACUAAACAAUAAAUAAUUGUAGGAAAUAAA